GUAGAGCAACUACUACUUACAGUGGCCAGUGACUUCCAAAGCUGAAGCUUAGAGAUCACUCCAUUGAGUACAACUCAAUGGAGAAGCUUAAAACUCCGUUUAAGAUGGAUACCCUGCUCAAGUACGGCAGUGACCUAACCCAAAUGGCCCUUGAGCACAAAUUUGACCCUGUUAUAGGAAGGGAAAAUGAGAUGGAGAACGUCAUGCGAAUCUUAUGCAAAAGGAAGAAGAACAAUCCCUGUCUCAUUGGAGAGCCUGGUGUUGGCAAGACAGUGGUUGCUGAAGGCCUAGCACAAAAAAUUGUCAAUGAAGUUAAUUUACCACCUAGACUUGAGAAGAAGAAGGUGAUUUCAUUGGAUAUGGCGCGUUUGAUUGGCGGUGCAAGUAACCGAGGUGAAUUCGAGGAGAGGUUAACCAAUGUGGUAGAUGAAGUAAAACAAAGUGAAGGUGAAAUAAUACUAUUCAUUGAUGAAAUACACACUCUGGUUGGAACAGGAUCAGGAGGUACUGCACUUGAUGCUGCUAAUAUACUUAAACCAGCUCUUGCUAGAGGUGAACUUAAGUGUAUUGGUGCCACAACACAUAAUGAAUACAGGAAACACAUUGAGGAAGACUCGGCUCUGGAAAGGCGUUUUCAGCCCGUACUAGUUCCUGAACCAUCGGUUGAGGACGCAAUUUUAAUCUUACAAGGCCUACGUAAACUUCAUGAGAACUUCCACAAUGUUCGUUACACUGAUGAAGCUCUGGUUGCUGCUGUAAGAUUGUCAAAGCAGGACAUCAGUGGCCGCUUCCUACCUGAUAAGGCAAUAGAUUUGAUAGACGAAGCAGGAGCCCAUGUUCAACUUCAUCAAGCUAAUAGACAUGUAUCAACUCAAGUACCACUAGUUACAGAAAUGGAUAUGAGGCGAAUUGUGUCUGCUUGGGCUGGAAUGCCUCUGGAAAAAAUAUCACAGGAAGAGUCUGGCCGCCUACUUAACAUGGAGAAAAUCCUCCAUGAGCAUGUCAUAGGUCAGGAUGAGGCUGUGGUAGCAAUUAGUCAGGCCAUUCGCCGAGCCCGAGUUGGUGUUAGGAACCCUGAUCGUCCCAUUGCCAGCUUCAUAUUCAGUGGACCAACUGGAGUUGGUAAAACUGAACUAGCCAAGGUUUUGGCAAGUGAAUACUUCGGUACAAAAGAAGCAAUGAUCAGACUAGAUAUGAGUGAAUACAUGGAGAGACACAGUGUGGCCAAGUUAAUUGGUUCACCUCCUGGCUAUAUAGGCCAUGAAGAUGGUGGCCAGCUGACCAAAGCUGUUCGUCGCCGGUGCCACACAGUUAUACUCUUUGAUGAGAUUGAAAAGGCUCACCCUGAUGUGUUCAAUAUAUUACUCCAAAUUUUAGAAGAUGGGAGAUUGACAGAUUGUAAGGGUAGGACUCUGGAUUUUAAAAAUACUAUACUUAUUAUGACAUCCAAUAUUGGUUGUAGUUUGAUCAUAAAGCAGGGGGUUCAUAAGAGCAAGGUUGCAGAGGAACUAGGAAAAUAUUUCAGGCCUGAGUUCCUGAACAGGUUAGAUGAAGUCAUAGUCUUCAGGUCCCUGACCAAAUUGGAGAUAAAGGAAAUUGCAAACAAAAUGCUGGAUGAGGUGUGUAAGCGUCUUGAGGCAAAGAAGAUCUUUCUUCAGGUAACUGAAGCAUUCAAAGAUAAGCUAGUUGAACAAGGUUACCGUCCACAGUAUGGUGCGAGACCAUUGAGAAGGGCAAUAACAAGACUUUUGGAAGACAAGUUAGCAGAUAAGAUCCUCUCUGGAGAUAUUAAAGAGGGAGACUCGAUACUUGUGAGUGGUGUAAAUGGCGAACUGAAAAAGAUCCAUUAUAGGAUGUAG